AUGGCUUCUCGUCCUGUUGACCGACUUGAAGGACAGAUGCCAAGGAAGGCUGGUCAUCUUGUUCCAAUCGACCCAGACAACAUCAAGGUGGAGAUAUGGUCCACUUCGAGACGUCUGCUCGAGUCCAUCGCGCAACAGGGCCCUCAAAGAGACAGCAAGACCAAUAUCUAUGCUCUUACCGUGUUUGCACAGCGAUUGGGCUACUCACGACUGAUCAUCGCCGAUGAUAUGACAAAGCGUCAGCUCCUGGGAAUCCCCCGCCGCACCCAUGAACGUUGCACCCAAGACCUUGACAUGGAUACACUAUUGCCGACCAGGCUGGCCGGGACCGAAGGAGCUACCAGGUGCAUAUAA